GCCCCGGCCGCCAUUGCCUCGUGCCCGCGCCGGUCGGUUGGUGGCGCCUUUGUCCUACGGCGGGCAGGUGGGCUGAGGCGGAGGCGGCAUCGGCGGGCCUGAGGGGAAGGAGCGGCCGGGAGCCCGCCGUGCUGGUAGCGAUAUUAAUAAGGCAGCGGAAAGAAGAAAUAUGAAUACGGCUCCAUCAAGACCCAGUCCCACACGAAGGGAUCCAUAUGGCUUUGGAGACAGUCGAGACACAAGACGUGAUAGAUCCCCAAUUCGAGGAAGUCCUAGGAGAGAGCCCAGAGAUGGCAGAAAUGGCCGGGAUGCCCGAGAUAGCAGAGACUUGCGGGACCACAGAGACAGCAGAGACCUUCGGGACCACAGAGGCAGCAGAAGUAUGCGCGAUGCUCGGGACAUGAGGGACCUCAGAGACUUUCGUGAUCUAAGAGACUCUAGGGAUUUUCGAGAUCACCGAGACCCUGUAUAUGACAGAUACCGAGACAUGAGAGACUCCCGAGAUCCCAUGUACAGGAGAGAAGGCUCUUAUGACCGAUACCUGCGAAUGGAUGAUUAUUGCAGGAAGAAGGAUGAGUCUUACUUUGACCGUUACAGAGAUAGCUUUGAUGGACGAGGCCCUCCAGGCCCAGAAAGUCAGUCUCGUGCAAAAGAACGUCUGAAACGUGAGGAACGACGUAGAGAAGAGCUUUAUCGUCAGUAUUUUGAGGAAAUCCAGAGACGCUUUGAUUCCGAGAGGCCUGUCGAUUGUUCUGUGAUUGUCGUCAAUAAGCAAACUAAAGAUUAUGCUGAAUCUGUGGGGCGGAAGGUACGAGACCUGGGCAUGGUAGUAGACUUGAUCUUCCUCAACACAGAGGUGUCGCUGUCACAAGCUUUGGAGGAUGUUAGCAGGGGAGGGUCUCCUUUUGCUAUUGUCAUCACCCAGCAACAUCAAAUUCACCGCUCCUGCACAGUCAACAUCAUGUUUGGAACCCCACAAGAGCAUCGCAACAUGCCCCAGGCAGACGCCAUGGUGCUGGUGGCCAGAAAUUAUGAGCGCUACAAGAAUGAGUGCCGGGAGAAGGAACGUGAGGAGAUUGCCAGACAGGCAGCCAAGAUGGCCGAUGAAGCAAUCGUACAGGAAAGGGAACGAGGAGGCCCUGAGGAGGGAGUGAGAGGAGGACACCCACCAGCCAUCCAGAGCCUCAUCAACCUGCUGGCAGACAACAGAUACCUCACUGCUGAAGAGACCGACAAGAUCAUCAACUACCUGCGAGAGCGAAAGGAGCGGCUUAUGAGGAGCAGCACCGACUCUCUGCCUGGCCAGAUUUCCCGCCAGCCACUCGGGGCGACCUCGGGUGCCUCGUUGAAGACACAGCCGAGCUCCCAACAGCUCCAGAGUGGCCAAGUGCUCUCCUCUGCUACAUCCACUCCAGCUGCAACCCCCACCUCCCAGCAAGAGCUUCAGGCCAAAAUCCUCAGCCUCUUCAAUAGUGGCACGGUUGCGGCCAAUAGCAGCUCUGCAUCCCCCUCUGUUGCUGCCGGAAGCACUCAGAACCAGAAUUUUUCCACAGCAGUGAACAGCCAGCCUCAGCAAAGAUCACAGGCCUCUGGGAAUCAGCCUCCAAACAUUUUGGGACAGGGAGGAUCUGCCCGGAACAUGGGCCCCAGGCCUGGGGCUCCUUCCCAAGGGCUCUUUGGCCAGCCUUCCAGUCGCCUGGCACCUGCCAGCAACAUGGCUAGCCAGAGGCCCGUGUCUUCCACAGGUAUCAACUUUGACAAUCCAAGUGUACAGAAGGCCCUGGACACCCUGAUCCAGAGUGGCCCUGCUCUCUCCCACCUUGUUAGCCAGACCACAGCACAGGUGGGACAGCCCCAAGCCCCCAUGGGAUCUUACCAGAGGCAUUACUGAGGCUAAAUCUCUCAACUACUCCCAGUCCCCUCAUCCCCUGGCCUCCUCCCACUUACUGCGUUCUAAAUAGAGUUGUUUGGAGGAUGUUCUUUGCACCUGUCCAGGUUCACAUUGAAUGUCAUAAGUUUCGACCACCUGCUCUCUCCUCUGCUCAAGGCUAUGUUGCUUAUUCCUUCCAGAGUCAGAGUUUAUACUGCAUUUAGGGAUAAGUUUGUUGGUUUUUGUUUUCUGUGGGUAUUUGUUUUGUUUUGUUUCUAGAAAAUAAAUAUUCUGUGGUCACUUGAGCAGUAUAGGUGUCUGGGCUCAGUUUAUAUUUUAUGGGUUUCUCUAGUCCCUUUGUCAGCUGGAUUGGGGGAGGAAAGGAGGAAGCAGCCAGGCCCCAAGCUGGCUAUGUUUGGAAUAACAUUUGUCCUGUCACUACCUUUGUUCCUUUUGAACCUACCAAGGCUUCCUAGCCUACUCUGGCACCAACUAGAGCUCAAGCUCCUGCUUUCAGUGCAGAGUGGCAGGCUGGGCUUGGCACACACAGUAAUGUCAUGCCCCCAUCCAACAUGGAGACUGCUUGAGGAUUCAUAAAUCACUUGCGGGGUUGGUGAGGAGUGAGGAGUGGCCAUGGCAGCCCAAAUGCAGGAACUCUUCUGCCUGAGCCAGGGUUGUUUGGUUUUGUUGGUCUUUCCCCCCCACCCCCGUUUUCUUUAUGUGCUUUUCAUUGGAGGAUCUUCAGUGGGCUGAACCGCUCCAUUCCCAAGCAGUUUUAAUACAAGCUGUGAAUCUGGGUCCCAACCACUCUUAACACCCUUAACAUUUCUGUCAGUGUCUCCCUCUCCAGUGGUAGUUUCAUGGAGUAAGCUCUGAGAAGGCAGCUCUAGACUCUGGUAGUGAACACCCAUUUUUUUCAGUGAUUGGUAUGAUUGAUACAAGUUUGUGGCUCAAAAAGCAGGCUCUUGUUUUUAUCUAGAUUUUUGUUCUGUUUUCUGAGCAGCAGGAGGCAGGGACCAUUUUGAUAUCAGACUCUGGGUAGCUGGGCAUGUUCUUGGUACAGUUUUGAGCCAGAGUGACGUUGUUGGAGGACCUCUGGCUGCUGCUCUAAAAUGGAGCCAAAGGAAGCUGCCCUCCCCCUAGGAGCCAUUAGAGUCCUUUGGAUCACCAUCUCAAGGGGCCCCUGGCAGGGGCAAGAGAGAGAAAUGAGUGACUUCAGCUGAGUCCCUGCUACUAGCUGAACAAUGGUUUCAAAAACUCAAGGUCUCCCCAGAUGGCAGCAUUUUAUGUUCUGACCUGUUUGUGUUAUAUAGUGUUUUUUUUUCCUCUUUGGAACUCUUGUGUUGUUAAUAAGAUGAGAUGAUUACUUUUUAAUUAAAAUGAAAAAGUAAAAACUGU